AUGGGUCGCUUCUCCAACGCAUUCAUGGAGUCGGCUUCACCAGGCAUCCGGAAGCGAAGACGGAGGUCUGAUCAUGCAGAUGAGCAAUCAGAGGAGGGCUUUGAGAGGGCGCCGCGCGUUCAGAAGAAGUGGCUGGAGGAGGAACGCCGCCUCACACGACUGCCGCUCAAGCAAGAGGACGGCAUCGCUGCCGCAGCAAAGGAGCCAAGUGCCGAUCACGACAUUGACAAAGACAAUGAGUCAUCACCUCUGUCGAAGAAGCAGCAGAAGCGGCUGGAGCGGCUGCGCAAGGAGGCUGAGGAGGCGAUGGCGAGGAAGGCCAAAGCGAAGAGCGCCCAGCAAGCGGCUGACAAGAAGGACGACAUAGACGUCUUGGUCAACAAGCUGCAGACCGCAGAGCAAAAGAAGCUGGAGAUAGCGAGGGUCAGCAAUGCCAUUCUGGCGAGCCCUGAGAAGGAGCUGCCGCGGCUGGAGGUGCUCUUCCGCCUGUUUCAUCGCGAGAAGGUGCCGGCUUUGAAGCAGGUGGCUCUCGUGUCGAUUGGCCUGGUGCUCAAGGACAUCCUGCCAGCCUAUCGGGUGCAGAUGAGAGGCGAGGAGAAUGACAGCAAGCCGGGCCACCAGGCCUUGUCGCGAGCGGUGGAGAAGCUGCAGACACACGAGAAGACGAUGGUCAGGUUCUCGCAGCAGUUCAUCGACAUACUGCGGCACUCGCCCCCUCCGCCCAGAACCGCCGCCUCCCUGGUGAGCGAGCUGCUCACCGCCAACCCUUCCUUCAACUGGACCGAUGACCUUAUCGACCUGUGCGUCAAGUACGCAGGCAAGCCCGACCCGCCCGUGCAGCUGCCGGCCAUCGAUGCCCUCAGUUGGGUGAUGCAGCAUGACCCCUCUCUGGACCUCACGGCGUCGAUCGUCAAGGCCAUGGGGCGGCUGGCCAAGGUGGGCAUGAGCAGCAGCACUGGCGGCAAGAGGUCUGGGCUGUCCAAGGCGCUGCUGGACGCGAUAGCAAGGCUUGAUUUGCGGAGGAAGCAGAUGGCGGCUGAGAGGGAGAGCCACGCUGUGGGGGCUGACGAUGAGGGCAUCGACGAGGACCUCAGGAGAGACCUGAUGAUCGGGUGAGUGAGAUGCUGACACGAGCUGGCAUAUGGUGCGAUCGAUGUUGUUGUACCCGUGCAGGUCGGUGCACGGUGACCUGAAGCGUUUCAGGAAGAACGAGGCCCUGGUGCUGGAGCAGCUGUUCGUCCUCUAUCUGCGGGUGCUGCGGUCGCCCCACAUGUAUCCCGAUGAGGUGGUGAGCGGCUGUCUGAGGGGCCUGGGGUGCCACUCCCACUUCAUCAACGUCGAGCUCAUGAACGAGAUAUUCACUGAGCUCAAGAGGCUGAUCUCAGAGGGGGAGGGCGCCACGGCGAGUGCAGAGGUCGGCCUGAGGGCCGUUGCCGCAGCGUUGCUGUUGCUGCAGGGGGUGGGAGCCGCCAUUCAGGUGAUUGAUCAAUGAAUCAACUAGCAGGCAGACAACAAGGCAGACAAUGUUUGUUAUCUACCCACUGCACUGAGCUCAUUCUGUGUUGUUCGAACGUGCCCUCCCUCCUGUGUGUGGCAGAUAGAGGUGUCGUGGGUUGUGGAUGGCUUCUGCCGGAUUCUCCGGCUGGCCCUUCCACACCUGUCCACUCCAUCCUACGACCCCAUCAGCACACCCCCCAACGCCCCAGCAUCCUUCCUGGCAGCCGCCCCCUUGCACCAAGAGGACGAGACACUGACGGCCGAUCCAGACGCCCCGGCCGUGUUUGCCGUCAGCACGUCUCUCGGUCGCGAGCUGAUUGAGUCGAUCGACCUGAUGGUGCGGUGUCCGCAGAUAGUGGGAGGGGGCGGCAUGGGCACCGGCGGCACGUCCAUGUCGCUUCUGCGUGUGGUGGAGGGCAUCAUGGAUGUGGCACUGCACUGCGACAGUGCCGUCAGCGCGGGGCUGUGCGAGCGGGUCAAGUUGAUGCUUCUCAAGAUGCCCCGACUCAAGUCGAUGGUCGACCCGGACGGAGCCGUCAUCUCCAGGUGAGAAAAUGACCACACACAUGGCCUGCAAUCCUCGACGGUAUACCAAUCAUGUGUGUCUGUCUGCCAAACCAUGCAGCUUGUCGGGCGGUGUCUCGGUGUACUGGCAUCUGCAGGCCCUGCUGGUGCACGGCCACCCGUCCGUCAGGCGCGCUGCAGCCGACCUCCUCACUCUCAGCAGCGAGGCGGACAUCCGGGAGGCGGCCAAAGAGGCGGUGGCGCGGACAGCCACACGGAGCUGGUCGAAGAGUGACGGCGAUGCGCUGAUGGUGGACAUGCAGGACUUGGUGCUGUGUGAGGAGGAAAAGGUGCUGACAAGGACCAUGGGCAUGGCUGCGGUGCCUCGAGCGUUGGCGGGUGGUGUCGUGGGUAGUGGGAGGAGAGGGGGUGGGGUUGCGAAGCGGCUGCUGGCUGUGGAGCCUCCUGAGUGGGAUGGAGACCUGACGACAGACACAUGACUUUGGAUGGGUUGGAUAAGGCGAUGUAGUUGACGGACGGACGGACGUGGGACGGACCAUGGGGUGUCGUGUGCAACCAACGCAAGACGGCGCAAUCAAUAGGGCGUCCUUCUGACAACUGCAUAUGCAAAUGUCAGAAGGACCGGUCCGGUGAUGCGAUACAGCUCACAGUCACACGCACACGCACACUCACACCCACACCCGAUGACAUGGCCCGCCUGGCCUGUUCCGCGAUUCGCGAGUUCCUCCUCCACUGACUGAGGCGUGCGUGUUGCAUGCGUCGAUUGGACCAUCGCGUUGAUUGAAUGGAUGUUGCGUGCGUCAAGCUGCAUGCGUG